GUGAGUAUGAUAUACUUAAGGGCUGAGCUCCGUGACAUGGCCACACUCAGUCUGCCAGCUAGUCUUGCAUGUCGAGCGUACAUCGCUGCCUCGUCCAGCUUUCGUUUGCUGUCCCUGCCUCGCUAUCGUUUUGCUUCCAAGUUUCAUCCAUCUCUUUAUCGCUUGCCAAAUCUAUAUUCUCAUUCUUGAUUUUCUGCUGCUAUCGUGUUUUCGUCUUUGAUCUCGUAACCGACUCCGGAAGUUCGACGUCUCCAAAACUCCACGAAAAUAUUUCUAUCCUCCUCGAAAUGAUGUCAUCCAAAUCUGAGGUCUUGUUACCUCCGACAUACGAGUUUCUUUCUCGUCCUCCGCCGAGCCUAAAGCAAAGACAACUUCGACAGCGAGGUUCCGUCAUCCUCACCCCUCGAGCACCUUUCCCUGCCGAAAAUGCUCCGACUAAACCAACUGCCCCUUCACUUUAUCUAACACGGCGCACCCCAAACUCCAACAUCUCUUCAUGGGCAUCCAAAGUCCAGCCCGGUUCACCAGUGCCACCCUCGCCACCCUCCGCUCCGUGCCACCCACCAAACAGCUCCCGUCCACUUCCCCGCUGUGCUUCCCUUUCCCACCUCAACCAUCGUCCCUCCAUCUACGGAAUGAUGUCUCGCGUACCAUCUGGCUCUUUUCUCAACCUUAUGGACACACCCAGCGUCUUCACACCUUUACUUCGCGAAUGCACACACGACCUCACCGCGCUCGGCUACCAUUAUACCGUCGUCAAACUACCUACACCCACCACGCCUUCCCCCAACCUAAACAACUCGACUUCUCCGGAAUUACGAACACCCCGACCCAUCCGCGUGCCAUCUUCUCCAGCUCUGAUGGUUUGCGAGCCCAGCCGCAAGCCUUUCAUUACCCGUUUCCGUAUUCGACCCCGUUCCAAGUCCGCCUCCGGUUCUUCAGCCAUCCAACCCUCUACGCCGAAGAUCAUCCACCCCCUUCAUUCUCCCAUCACGAAACCGCACAGCCCGAAACAUACGGCACUCCGCCAUCGGUCUAAAUCCCCCGCAUCCGGGAAGAGAGCUGCUUCUCUUUCCAAGGAGAAGACUUACCCUCGCCGUCCUCGAGCAAAACAUGUACCGCCACCUCUGCCGCUGGAAUGCCAUCUCGCUCUCACUCAAUUCCUCGACGGCGGGUGUCGCGAAGACAACAUCAAAACACUGAUGCAGGAGACCGCGAAACGGAAUGGAGAGAAGGCUGUGGGCGAACCAUAUAGGGAUGAGGAGGGAGUGGUUUGGGCUGAUGUGGCGGAGAAGAUGGAGUACGAGCCUCUCAUUGACGAGAAGGCGUGUCGCCAUGCAGAUCUUAACUCGGACCAAUGGGUCGAGUUUGGUAAGAGCUCUGAGAGGGGAAGUGGCACUGGUACGACUGCUACCAGCCUGCGGAUGGCAAGCACGGUCGACUCUGACCUCGACCCGCGAUACCUCAUGCCUAUCGAAUAUUCCAUGGAUUCCAGCGUUGCUGUACACAUCCCUCCUCUGUCCAGCCCCUCUCAACCCAGCUCUCCCUCCAUCCGCAUCACGCCGGGUCGCUCCCUGCUCGCUAUCCCCACACGGUCUCGCCGUACAGCCCCCCACCUACGCAAACCUGCUUCCUACGUCACCGACGCUUUCGGCCCUCGCUCACCGCGUUCACCACACUCUUCACAUUCGGCGCGCUCUCCACGCUCCCCUCGGUUCCCUCGUUCGCCUCACUCUCCUUCGUUCAGUCCAUACUCGAGUUCGCCAAGGCCCAGGCCGAAGGGCAAGGCCAGGCGCAGACCAGCGCCGUUGACCAUCGUACCGCCUCGCGUGGAAGGAAUGCGCCCUACCAACUCUCCCAUUCACGUCCAGCCUUGGUUGUUGCGACCUGUCAAUCGUGUGGUCAACCAAAGGGAAAGGGAUGCGUUCAUUGAGGAAUCAUUUAGGCCUGAGCCUGCUUCACAGGCGGAUAUGGAGGUGUAUUUUGACGUGAAAGUGGCGGGAGGCGCGAAGGGGAGAGAGGGCGAGGAUUCGACAUCGAGGAACAAGGCUUCAAGGGUGAACCUGAACCUUGGAUGUGGCGGUGUGAUCAAGGGAUCGUUUUGGUCUCGUAUGGGGAGAAAGGAGACGGGAAGAGUUGAUUCUUGA